AUGGCCACCAUGUUGGGAGCCGGGCCCCAGACCCGGCAGGCUCAGAGGAGUGGCCUCGGUCGCUGGGAGAGCAGCCUGUGGUCCUCAGGCUUCAGGAUGAAUCUGGAGGCUGUCACCCCAUUCCUGGGAAAGUAUCGCCCCUUCGUGGGCCGCUGCUGCCAGACCUGCACCCCCAAGAGCUGGGAGUCCCACUUCCACAGAAGCGUAAUGGACCUGGGCUUCUGCAAUGCGAUCCUAGUGAAGGAGGAGGACACCAGGUUUCGGGGCUGGUUGGUUCGGAGGCUCUGCUAUUUCCUGUGGUCCCUGGAGCAGCACAUACCCCCCUGCCAGGACCCCUCACAGAAGGUCAUGGAAAGCACAGGGGUGCAGAAGGCCGUCUCAGGGAGGGCCCCGGGAGCGGCUGGGGAGGGCCAGGGGCCCAGCCUGCUGAAGAAGGAGGCGCAGCGCAUCCUGAGCCACAUCCAGGCCCCGCCCCGCCCCUUCCUGCUCAGGCUGCUGGGCUGGGUGCUGCUGCGGCUCCUGAACCGCCUCUUCCUGGGCGUGCAGCUGCACAGGGGCCAGAUGAAGGUGGUGCGCCAGGCCGCCCAGGCGGGCUCGCCGCUCGUCCUCCUGUCCACCCACAAGUCCCUCUUGGACGGGAUCCUGCUGCCCUUCGUGCUGCUCUCCCAGGGCCUGGGCGUGCUCCGCGUGGCCUGGGACCCCCAUGCCUGCUCCCCCACCCUCAGAGCCCUGCUGAGGCGCCUUGGGGGGCUCUUCCUGCCCCCAGAGGCCAGCCUCUCCCUGGACAGCCCCGAGGGGGUCCUCGCGAGGGCCGUGACCCACGCAGCCGUGGAGCAGCUGCUGGUCAGCGGGCAGCCCCUGCUCAUCUUCCUGGAGGAGCCCCCAGGGGCCCAGGGCUGGAGGCUGUCAGCCCAGGGCCAGGCCUGGCUAGGCCUGGUGGUGCAUGCUGUCCUGGCUGGCGUUGUCCCAGAUGCCAUGCUGGUGCCUGCAGCCGUCACCUACGACCUCGUUCCAGAUGCACCGCAGGACGGUCACCACGCCUCCGUCCCCCUGGGGCUGUGGACGGGAGCUCUGGCUGUCCUGCGGAGCCUGUGCAGCCGCUGGGGCUGCAGCCACUGGGGCUGUGUCCGUGUGCACCUGGCCCAGCCCUUCUCCCUGCAGGAAUAUGCCACCAACGCCAGAAGCUGCUGGGGUAGCAGGCAGACCCUGGAGCAGCUGCUGCAGCCCCUCGUGCUCGGCCAAGGGACUGCCGUCCCAGACACCGAGAAGGAGCAAGAGUGGACCCCGGUGGCGGGGCCCCUGGUGGCCCUCGGGGAGGAGACACAGCUCCUGGUCAGGAGGCUGGGCCGCCAUAUCCUGAAUGCCAGCGUGGCCAGCUCGGCGGUGAUGAGCACGGCCAUCAUGGCGACGCUGCUGCUGUUCAGGCACCAGAAGGGCGUGCUCCUGUCGCAGCUGCUGGGCGAGUUCUCGUGGCUGACGGAGGAGACGCUGCUGCGCGGCUGCGACGUGGGCUUCUCGGGGCAGCUGCGGGGCCUGGUGCGGCACACGCUGCGGUUGCUGCGCGCGCACGUGGUGCUGCUGCGCCUGCGCCCCGGGGACCUGCUGGUGCUGCCGCGGCCGGGGCCGGGCCUCGCGCACCUGGCGCGGCUCAGCGCGGAGCUGCUGCCCGCCUUCCUGAGCGAGGCCGUGGGCGCCUGUGCCGUGCGAGGGCUGCUGGCCGGCCGGGUGCCGCCCGAGGGGCCCUGGGAGCUGCAGGGCCUGGAGCUGCUGAGCCAGCGCCAGCUCUACCACCAGAUCCUGCUGCUGCUGCACCUGCUGCCCCAAGACCUGCUGCUCCUGCAGCCCUGCCAGUCUUCCUACAGCUACUGCCAGGAGGUGCUGGACCGGCUCAUCCAGUGCGGGCUCCUGGUGGCCGAGGAGGCGCCAGGUUCCCGGCCGGCCUGUGACACGGGGCGACAGCGUUUGAGCACAAAGCUGCUGUGGAAACCAAGUGGGGACUUCACUGACAGUGACAGCGACGACUUUGAGGAGGCAGAGGGCCGGUUCUUCAGGCUCAGCCAGCAGUCGCGCUGCCCCGACUUCUUCGUCUUUCUCUGCCGCCUCCUCAGCCCUCUGCUCAGGGCGUUCGCACACGCUGCUGCUUUCCUCCGUCAGGGGCGGUUGCCGGAUACAGAGCCAGGCUACUCGCAGCAGCUGCUCUGGUUCCUGCAGGCCAGUGCCGAGGUGGACGGGUUCUUUGAGUGUGUGGACCCAAACCUCGCCAUCAGAGCCAUCUGGACCUUUAGAGACCUGGGGGUGCUGCAGCAGAUGCCAAGCCCUGCAGGCCCCAUGCUCGAGCUGUCCCCUGCAUUCGCCAGCCGCGACAACCAGGAAAAGCUGGAACAGUUCAUCCGCCAGUUCCUCUGUGGCUAGACCCGCAGGUUGGGGCUGGGCCGGGACUGGACCCGGAUGGGUGGAGCCCUGAGACUGAGAGGCUGGCAGGGCCUUGGCUGCACUGUUGUUUUUGCUGCCCAACUGUCCCAUGCUGCCCCAGCCCUCACUGUUAACAAAGAAUGGACAAAUUCUCUUCC